AUGUCUGCUGCUGAGCAUCGUCGAAACGGCAAGGUGGCAUCGUGUGAGCCAUGCCGCAAGGCCAAAAUUCGCUGCGAUCACCAGCGGCCUACUUGUGGCCGAUGUCAGCGUCGAGGACUCACUGCACGAUGCUACUACCACCCUGCCCCGUUGACGAAACCGAAACUGCCGGAUUCUGAUGCAUCAGCUCCUGCAACAUCGCUGCUGUCCAGUCCAAGGAGACCUUCUGCACUUCCCGUCCCUGCUGGAGCCAACAGUGCUCGAUCGGUGCCAGCUAGCGACUAUGUAGAGUCCCCAUCUGUGAUGCCAUGGCCACCUGCAACGCCUGAGUAUCAUGGUAGAGUACCUCAAAUCCCCGGAGGCACCAUCGAUGAAGACACCUAUCCCGAGGACAAGUUCAAGACUGUGAAGCAGAUUCUGACUGGCUUCCGCCAUUGGAGUUUCAUUGAGAGGAUGCUUCAAGAAUAUGGAGUCAAUGCCCAAGCUGCCCUGGUCCCCAGACCAUUUGUGAAUCGCUUCUCUGAGUCUUUGCGUGAUAUAGUGUCUCCCUGUUUCAGCAAUGACGCGGCCACAACCGACUACAACUUCUCACGUCUUGCGGAGAAGGUGAUAGAGAGCACGUCUAAGCCAAUUAAAAUCACAAGCGACACCGACUUCGACAGCUUUGUGUCCAUGUUCAGUGGCGAAAACUGUCGCCUAGAGACAAUAGGUCUUAUACAGUGCAUUGCGGCAAGGGCGUGCAGGCUCGGCCUGGCUCGCGAUGAUGAUCAGCAUGAAGACAUUGUCUUGUCAUUAUACAGAAACACUGGAUCAUGUCUUCGACUGUGCCGACAAAUAGCCACCGACAAUAACGAUGUGAUGCUCUGGACGGCGUUCGACUACCUUCGCCUCACCACGCACAUCGAAGGUGACACCUCGCCGCCUGUGUAUCGCCGAAUUGGAGAUCUAUCAACUUAUAUAUACGAAUUCGGCAUCCAACGAGAGUCUUCACUCACGCGGAACUCACCAUUCUUCCUCGCAGAGUGCCGAAGAAAGCUUUUCGCUGCCUCGUACCAAUUCGACAAGUUCGUCUCUGCACUACUUGACCGACCUCCCCGCAUCCUUCGACGAUUCUCUGAUGUCAAAAUGCCUUUGGAUAUGACGGACGAGGAGCUGCUCGCUAGCGAGAGCGAAGCGCAAGCCCGGAUGAAUCUCUCCCCAGACGGUUGGAGCCACAAGACUAGAUACAUCCCUGCCACAUGGCAUCGCUUGAGAUACAUGGUCGGUAGCUUUCGAGAAGAGAUUCUGGAGUACAACUAUCGCUUUCCUAGCGUCGAGACCGAGGCUCUUUUGAGAGACCUUUUGCAUCGAAUCAAGCGCGAACACGAAAUGUUACCCACUCACCUCCGCUACAGCCCCGAAUGCUGGGACUCAGAUCUGGUCCCCAAUGUCUGUCUGAUGCUCACCGUGGUCUAUCUAAGCUACCUGCAGAUUGAAUUUGAGAUUCACAGGCUGCUGGAGAAGUGUGAUGCAAGUGCCUGGGAGGGUUCGAUGACUGCGGCGCUUGAGGUGGUCUCGGUGCUUCUGCAUCUCGGAACGUGUCUCAAUCGUGCCAUCCUAUUGCGCUACGAUUUUCCUUAUAUGGUUCUAGGAUAUGGCCUACCUUGUGUGGCAUUCCUUACCAACACUCUCCAGAACGUGUCGAAGAGCGGUGCCACCCAGCAUCUGCCUUUAAACAUCAAACGUGCCACACUCAUACGGACAUUGUCUGUCUACGUUUCCCAUCUGGACAGCAUCUGCAGGCCUGGGGAAGGAGACUACAACAUCUGCGUGCAGGCAUCGAAGGUCAUCUCUCGAGUCUUGGACGAAGUACUGGAUCCAUCUUCGUCUUCGAAACAGGCAACCGCAUCCACUGUGACACCGCAAACACCAGUGUCUGUAAGCGCUGGGGGCGAAGGCCAACAGCUUGCGGCAUUUCCGUCGUCCCAACCACUGUCUCUAGGCGGUGUCGACGACUUCGACCUCCUAAACGCUGACGGACUAGAAGGCUUUGACUUUUCAUCGUGGGUCAAAAAUAUCAACUGGACGGAGACAGGCUGCGAGUGGAGCACGUUUUGA